UCGGUAGCUGUCAAAUGUUAAAGAUGCUACGUAAGAUGCUAACGUACCGCUACGCGCCCAUGCUAAUAACAGCCUUCUCGUAGGGUUGUUUAGGUCAUCGUAUUUGACCCUAACGCCAGUAACGUUGCCAUUUUUUUUGCCUGUACUUUCUUUCCUGCGUUUGUCUUCCCUCUGAGCGGUCCAUGCUGGACUCCCUGAUCUGCCGGCAUUAGGAUCUGCGAGGCUGGGAGAAACAACGCCCGCAGUCCACCCCACCCAAGAUGAUGGCCACCAGCGACGUGGACACCCGGGGUGAAGGUAGUACUUUGUUUUCCGACCCAAUUCCAUCAGAAAUGGAUGCGCUUUGUCCUUCUCCUCCAGGACCCACCAGACCCCAACGUACCUACGAGAGGAUCGGAGGACGGGAGGGAACCUCCUUCUGUCAGACUCUCAUCCACCUGCUGAAGGGGAACAUCGGCACGGGGCUGCUGGGGCUGCCGCUGGCAGUGAAGAACGCCGGCCUGGUGCUCGGACCCAUCAGCCUGCUGUGCAUGGGGGUCAUAGCGGUCCACUGUAUGAGGCUGCUGGUGAAAUGUUCCCACCACCUCAGUGCCAAGAUGGACCGCCCAUCUCUAAGUUACGGCGAGGCGAUGGAGUACGGGAUGGAGAACGUGUCGUGGCUGAGGAGACACUCGCAGUGGGGAAAACAUACAGUGAACGUGUUUCUAAUCAUCACCCAGCUGGGCUUCUGCUGCGUCUACUUUGUCUUCCUCAGUGACAAUAUCAAGCAGGUGGUGGAAGCCGCCAACACCACCACCUUCAGCUGCCAGAUGAACUACACCAACCAGACCCAGGUCCUGGUGCCGAGCUUCGACUCGCGCCUCUACAUGCUCUGCUUCCUGCCCCCCAUCAUCCUGCUGGUUUUCACCCCCGACCUCCGGUACCUGGCUCCCCUCUCUCUGGUGGCCAACCUGAUGAUGACGGCCAGCCUGGUGCUCAUCUACUUCUACUCGCUCACGAACAUCAAGUAUCCCAUCGACCUCCCCAAAGUGGGCCGAGCUAAGGACUACCCCCUCUUCUUUGGGACGGCCAUCUUUGCCUUUGAAGGCAUUGGCGUGGUUCUUCCCCUGGAGAACAAGAUGGAGAGGCCUCAGGGGUUCAUCCCGGUUCUGUAUUUGGGAAUGGGCAUUGUCACUUUCCUCUACAUCAGCCUCGGCACCAUCGGAUACAUGUGCUUCGGAGAGCACAUAGGAGGAAGCAUCACGCUCAACCUGCCCAACUGCUGGACGUACCAGGUCGUGAAGCUGCUCUACUGCUUCGGUAUCUUCAUUACCUUCGCCCUGCAGUUCUACGUCCCCGCAGAGAUCCUCAUCCCGCCCGUGAUGGAGCGCGUGUCACAGAGGUGGAAGACGCCCGUCAACCUGCUGCUCCGCUCAGUCAUGGUCGUCUUCACGUGCGCCCUCGCCGUCCUCAUCCCGGAGCUGGACCUCGUCAUCUCGCUGGUGGGCUCGGUCAGCAGCAGCUUCCUGGCGCUGAUCUUCCCGCCAAUCCUCGAGCUGCUGACCUUUCACACGGAGGGCGCGCUGUCGCCGCCGGUGACCGCCAAGAACGUGGCGAUCAGCCUGAUCGGGCUGAUCGGGUUCCUGGCGGGGACGUACAUCGCCGUGGAGCAGAUCGUGGCGCGCAACGCGCUGAAGCACGUAGAGACCUUCUCCCCCUUCAGCGUGCAGUGAAAGCGGCGGCGGCGGCGGGGGGGAAAUAACCACUCAAAUGCAAUUUGAUUUCACGUCGUCUUUGUCUCCACUGCCAAAGGAUGUGGCGGCCAUUUUGAAUCCUGAAUCCGUCACACGUGCGAGCGGCAUGCGUCACGAGUUCCCCUCUCAUUUCAUCAUCACGACCUGGAUGUUCGUUUGUGUGCUCAUGAAAGGUAUUAUGAUAAAUAUUGUUCCUUUUAGAGGAUUCAUUUAGAAACAGACUUUCUGGUGUGAAACCAAACUACUUUUCAUAAUGGAAUCAUCUCGUUGAUGCUGAUCUUUAGUGGACUGGUUACACAAACUGCUUCUCAAUUAGAGCGUUUACUCCAUCAAACUCCUUGUUUUUUGUAUAUUUUUUCUUUGAUAUUUGCCUUAUCCAGUGAAACGAUGAAAUACUUUGAGAUGCACAACCCGGACCUUUUGGGUUGAGCAUCAAAACGUUUCUUUUUGUUGGACACAGUUUCAAUUAUAUGAAAGAACCAUUUAGUGUGUGUGUGUGUGUGUGUGUGUGUGUGCGCCAAAUGAGAGAGAGAUUCUGGUGGUAGUUUUUUUUUAUGUUUCUCAUUUUGCCCAUAUGAAAAUAUCUGUGGUCCUUUAUGGGACUAAAAGCGUCCAUGUUUUCAGCUGUUAUGAUCCCUGCACUUUAAACAACCGGACAUCGGUCCGUACAUCACAUAUUAGCGAGUCUCAUAUCGUUAGUGUUGUGUCUUUCCUUUAGCUCGGAAUCCUUUUACGUGGAGAGAACCUGGAUGCUCUUAGUCCUGUUUGGACCGGAGGGGGAGGGACCUGAAUAAGCAUCACAACAACAAAGCAACGUUCACUAAUAAAAUCACUUAAGAGUACCUUUACAAAGAUUCUCCUUUCCUCGUUACACCUUUUUUUCUUUUUACAAAACCAUUUAGAUCAGGCCUAAAAAUGAAACCUCAGGUUUUCUUUACUGGCCCCUCAGGGCUUCCGUGGUAUUUUCAUCCCGAUCGGCUGUGAUGCCGAGCUGCUGGAGACGAUUCCUGAUGUCCGUAUGUACAUAAAAGCUUAAUUUAUCAUAUUUUAAAGGACGGUGAUGCAUCGUAAUAACUCACCAAAUUCAUUCAACGCUGGACUGUCGAGAAAAACUCUAAAGGGAAAGUGGAUGUUAAACUUUGUUCAUGAUGAAUAUUUAUGUAUUUACUGUAUAUUAGAUAAUUAAGCUUUCUUUUUUUUUACGGUCUACAUAUUUUGUUGCCUUUUUUUUUUUUUUUUGCACAGUCCAGACUUAAAAAAAUACUCAACUUCAGAAAAUCACAUUUUCUCAACAAAAAAAGGAAUAAUUGAUAUCAAACCUUCCAUGUAGAUUUUCUUUUAAUCUUUAAAAGUUUUGAUGUAUUAACGGCAUUAAUAAUUGGUAUUUUCUUUCUUCCACGUUAAGCAUUUUUUGAGGUGGUUAAACCUUGAAUUGUUAUUUUAAUUUCAGAAGGCUCUGCUUGUAAAAUGCAUCGAAUGUAACACCGGUGUUGAAUAAAGACCGUUGGUGUUGAUUCAUAAGUCUUUGUUCCUCAGACGCGUACUAAUAAUAAUAAUUCUAAAGCUUCUGCACUGUUGUGUUUAUGUGAAUCAAAGCAAUGUAAAUGUCCACUUAUAAAAUGAUCAUCCUCACUUCCACAGAUCACCUUAUGAUAAUGAUGAUGUGCACCGAAAAAAAGACUAAAUUGACUUUGCUUGCAUUCAUUUAAGGCAAAAAAAUUCACUUACUGCUUUGAUUUAUUAUUUUGAGCAAAUGCAAAAUUCCAGAUCCCCCAUGUUUUAAAAAUCUGCACUACAUAAAUGUUGAGAUUUCUAUUUGAUAAAUGAAUUGUAACUGACCAUUUAAAUGUAAAUUUAAUGCUUUCAUCGCUUAAUUCCUUCAUGAAUAAAUAACAUUAAAAAGUA